UUUUAAGUCCCCUCCCUCCCCCUUAAAGAGAGAUUUGCCCUAAUUUUUGUGGAGAGUAGGCGGCGAUCUUCGAGCUUAGUUCCGAUGAAGACGGUGAUGGGAAGGGUAACGAGUGAGAGACCGAUCAGUCUCUCAAAGGCUGCGACGCUUCUCUCAAGUUUCGUUUCAUCUGAGACAGAGGCCUCUCAAGACGUUGCCGCGUACCUCCGACGCGCCUCCGCUGCCUUCACUGAGCUUAAGAGCUUCCACAGAGAGAUUAGAUCUACUACCAAGCCUGAAUCCGAGGCGAAGGAUGAGAAGAAGAAGAGCAGAGAAGAAGAAGAUGUUGUUGAGGAGGAGGAGAGUGUGAAGUUGGAAGAGGAGGCAGUGAAGAAAGAGAGAAAGAAGAAGAAGAAGAAGAGCAAAGGUGAUGAUGUUGUUGUUGUUGAAGAAAAAGUGGAUGUGAAGUUAGAAGAAGAGCAGAGGAACAAUGAUGAGAGCAAGAAGAAAAAGAAGCACAAGAAGAAGAUCAAAGGUGAAGAGAAGGUGGAUGUGAAGUUGGAAGAAUACCAAAGGAAUGACGAGAAGAAGAAGAGCAAAGGUGAAGAUGUUGCUGAAGAGAAAAAGAAGAAGAAGCGGAAGAGUGAUGGAGAGGUUGGUUCUGAGGAGAAGAAGAAGAGCAAGAAGAAGAGGAAAUCAAAGGAGAUUGAUGCUUGAAGUUGCUUUCUUUUGUCAUCUUUUGGAGACCAAUUUUUGUAGGCUUAAGAUGUUCCUUAUUGACAAUUAAGAUUGAUAAAAAGAUUUGAUUUUGUGGAACUCUCUCUCUCUCUCUGUUAUAAGUUAGUGUUGUUUUUUUGGUAUUGUGAUUAUGGCCUUCUUUGCCGUUACUAUAUUUGGAAGACUCUUGAAUGCAAAAGUCAGCAAGUUUUUAAUACAAAAAUCUGUUCUGUUUAGGCA